AUGACAAAGCUGUUUCAGCCAAGUGUGUUCCAAACCCCUGAAGGUAAGAAUUUCGCAGAUCCUCAUAGUAACCGAAGGGACUACUACUGGGUCACUGUGUUUCUCCCGGAACAUAUGGUACCCAGGCACUUCACAGAUGAAGAGAUUAUGGAUUAUGUACUGAAGCAGAUCCAACAGAACCGCUGCAGUGUGAACGGGAGGGCCAUGUAUGGUUUAGGGAAGAGGUGUAUCUCUCUACCCAUCAAGCGCGAUGAAGAAGAAGCUCCUUUGCCUGAUUUCUCAGAGCCUGGGCCUGCACAUCCAGAUCUCCUUCUUGCCGUGGAUCUCGCUGCAUAUUGGCAUGAAAUGAUAUUGACGAAGAAGAUCAUUCUUGAUAAAGAUCUGAUCUUUGUUGCUAAGCGCGGCAAGGCGGCUAGAAUGGAAGACAUGCUGGACGUAGGGCUUCAUGUGAUGGAGAGAAAUCAAGUCGUUCUUGCGUAA